AUGCUUUUUAAGGUGGACUUUGAGAAAGCUUAUGAUUCUUUAUCAUGGGAGUAUCUUUUGGAAAUCAUGUCAAUUAUGGGAUUUGGCUCCAAGUGGUGUGGGUGGAUUAAGGAAUUAUUGACCACUACUAGAGCUUCAAUUUUGGUUAAUGGUUUCCUAACAGAUGAAUUCCAAAUGCAUUGGUGGUUGAGACAAGGCGAUCCGCUUUCCCCCUUUAUCUUUAUUCUCGCUAUGGAAGACGAUGUUAUGUUGGUCUCUUCUUGGAAUCCUGAAAUCGUGGAACGUCUUAUUCGUAUUCUUAGGUGUUUCUACUUGGCAUCAGGUCUAAAAAUCAAUUUGGCAAAAAGAAAAUUGAUAGGUUUGGGAGUUCCAUAUUCCCAAGUUCUUGAAGAGGCAGCUAAUAUAGGUUGUGCAACUUCAAACCUCCUAUUUUUGCAUCUUGGUAUUCCUGUGGGUCAGAAUUUGACUCGGAUUUCUGCUUGGGCUCGUGUCAUUGAUCGGUUUCGAUCAAAGUUGUCGAAGUGGAAGACUAAGAGUCUUUCUAUUGGAGGUCGUCUUACACUGGUGAAGUCUGUGUUGGGUUCUUUGGAGAGCUACAUGAUGUCCAUUUUCCUUACUCCCCUCUCGGUCUUGAAGUAG